GUGGUGCAGAGGUGUGGGGAGGGCUGUAGUUGCUGGGUGGUGUGUUGUAGACACAUUGCCGGCUGAAGGCAGCGGAAUUGAGUUGUGACUUGGAAAGCGAGCAUGGACGAGGUUUCCUGCUAACCCGGCACGCGUUCCUUUGGGUAUCGCCUCCGCUUUCCUGUUGCCAUUCGGGUAUCGGCGGUGCGCUCCAAGCUGCUGUUUUUCGUAUCAAAAAGCUGAAGGCAUCUGUUCAUUUUACAUCUGGAAUCGGAUUUCAGAAAGAAGAGCUAAUUAUGUCAGCACUGAGCUGGAAGCCCUUUCUCUAUGGAGGCUUAGCAUCAAUCACUGCAGAAUGUGGUACUUUCCCAAUCGAUCUGACUAAAACACGUCUACAGGUUCAAGGUCAAGUUAAUGAUGCCAAAUAUAAAGAGAUCCGCUACCGUGGAAUGAUGCAUGCCCUGGUCAGAAUAUUCAGAGAAGAAGGAUUGAAAGCCUUAUACUCUGGGAUCGCACCUGCAAUGUUACGCCAGGCUUCAUAUGGAACUAUAAAAAUAGGCACUUAUCAGAGCUUAAAAAGAAUGUUUGUUGAACAUCCAGAAGAUGAAACUCUGAUGAUAAAUGUGCUAUGUGGCAUUCUUUCGGGGGUAAUUUCGUCAUCUAUUGCCAACCCAACUGAUGUUUUAAAGAUCAGAAUGCAAGCCCAAGGCAGCGUGAUUCAAGGAGGAAUGAUGUGCAACUUUAUCCAGAUCUACCAGAAUGAAGGAACUAAAGGGUUAUGGAAGGGGGUAUCCUUGACAGCACAGAGGGCUGCUUUGGUUGUUGGAGUGGAAUUACCAGUAUAUGACUUCACCAAGAAGCAAAUAAUCAUGUCUGGUUAUAUGGGAGACACAGUUUAUACUCACUUCCUCUCCAGUUUUACUUGUGGGCUAGCUGGAGCCCUGGCAUCCAACCCAGUUGAUGUGGUGAGAACACGCAUGAUGAAUCAGGCAAGCCAGCCAAAUGGGGGGCACUCGAACUACAAGGGGACUUUGGAUUGCUUGUUACAAACCUGGAAGAACGAAGGCUUCUUUGCUCUCUAUAAAGGGUUUUGGCCGAACUGGUUAAGACUUGGUCCUUGGAAUAUCAUUUUCUUUGUGACAUACGAACAGCUGAAGAAAUUAGACUUGUGAUGUCCUGACCCAUACGAUGAAUUCAGCUCACUGGCUGUAGAGCGACUUGUAAGUUACCUUGAGUAGACGCAAGGAAGAGGUAAUUGGAAGACUUUGGAGAACCAUCUAGAAGUGAAGCGACUUCAUUGCAAACUCUGGCUUCUUCGACAGAGUGGUUUGCUCACGUGGUUAAGUGGAUGAUGUGCACUAUUUUUGAGACUGAACCAAAAGAAAACACCAAAACCAGCAGUGCCAAAAUGGUGGAGACGCUCACAAAAAGAAGCAACUGAGAGUGCUAAAAUGCUGACACCCCAUAUAGGUCCCCCCAAGGAGGGUGGAGGGGAUGCCCUCUUUGCCUUAAAAUGGGAACUGCUUAAAGGCCAGCCUUCCAAAAAGCAAUCUUCCCUCACGUAGCACACCCAAAGGGAUGCUUCCCUGCUAUAAAAGCAAAACACAGCCUCUGAAAGCAGAUGCUUCCAAGAAGAGUUGUUGUACUCCUAACCUAGAAAAGCUGGUGGUAAGAAGGGAAGAGAAACAAAGCAGCACUUCCUCUAAGAUCUCUAAAUACCCAGUGCCUUAAAGGAUAAACACAUCCAAUCCCCAAAAAGCAACCUCCCCACUUCAAAUAAAACCUUUCCAACAUGGGCAUAGUGCUGGUGAGUUGGCAAUUAGACUAGAUGACCUUGGAGGUCUCCUCUCACCUUAAUGGUUCUUUGAAAUGUCUAAAAACCCUUUCCAUCAAAUAAUACCCCAGGUAGAUGAAAUCCCCAAUGCCUAAAAGCCCUUUACAUGAAGUAAUAGCCCAUAUGGACAGCUCUCCCCAUCGAUGGCUGCCUGCCCUUGUGCUCACUGUGUCUGUGCCCCGGAUGGCAUCGGUGUUGGGAGGUGGGUUGUUAAUAGCGGACAAGGUUAUUUCUUAGGUCAGAUGAGUUUGGUGUAUCUCAUUGCUCUUCACUGUAGUAGUUGCUACGCUGCAAUCGAAGCAUUUGUAAAUAGUUUUGUACAAAUCAUGUCUGAUUUUUAUUAUGCAUAUUAAAGAUUUUUGAAAUAGCA